AUGAUAUAAUAGAAAAAAUAUUAUAGAUCUCUAAAACAAUUUUAAAAAUCAUAGCUUUCAUCUCAUAAAGUUCUCCAUAUUGAUUUUACUUCAUAUAAUUCUGAUGAUUAACUUGUUUUAAGAUUAGCUUCUGCUUUAGAAAAGUGCACUAAUCUCUAAAAUUUAGAGUUUGAUGCUUGUUAUAAUAAAAUAAGUGCAACUGGUGCAUCAGGUUUAGGUAUUUCUUUAGCAAAGUGUGCUAAACUCUCAGAUUUGACGCUUAAUUUCAAUUCUAACCAAAUUGGCGAUGAAGGUGCAUCAGGUUUAGGUUCUGCUUUAGCAAACUGCAUUAAUCUAUCAAAUUUGAUACUUCUUCUUGAGUAAAAUUAAAUUGGGGCAAUAGGUGCAUCAGGCUUAGUUUCUGGUUUAUCAAAGUGCUCAAAUCUCUCAAAAUUAACACUUGAUCUAUACUUUAACUAAAUUGGUGAUGAAGGUCUAUCAGGUUUAGGCUCUGCUUUAGCAAACUGCAUUAAUCUAUAAAAUUUGACACUUAUUCUUGGGGUUAAAAAUAUUGGUGCAAUUAGUGUAUCAGACUUAGCUUAUGGUUUAGCAAAGUGCUCAAAUCUCUCAAAUUUGAUUUUUGUUUUGAACCAAAGUUUAAUUGGUGAUGAAGGCGCAUCAGUCUUAGGCUCUGCUUUAGCAAACUGCAAAAAUCUAUAAAAUUUGAGUCUUAGUCUCACUUACAGUAAUAUUGGCGAUUAAGGUGUAUCAAAUUUAAGUAUUGCUAUAGAAAACUCUAUUAAUCUCUUAAACUUGACACUUAAUCUCACGAACAAUCAUAUUGGUUCAAUUGGUGUAUCACACUUGGGUUCUGCUUUAGCAAGCUGCCCUAAACUCUCAUACUUGACACUUGAUCUUUCUAACAAUGAAAUUUGUGCAAUCGGUGCAUCAGACUUAGGCUCUGCUUUAGAAAGCUGCCCUAAACUCUCGUAUUUGGAUCUUUAUCUGAAUGGUAAUUAAAUUGGUGAUGAAGGUUUAUUAAGUUUAGGUUCUGCUUUAGCAAACUGCACUUAUCUCUCUAAUUUGAAUAUUGGUAGGUUAGAAGGCGAAAGCAAUUAAAAAUUUAAGAAUAAGUGUCUUAAAUAAAAAAGAUUAGUCUUCUUUAGAUAAGAUUGUUGA